AUAAUAUUUUUUUAAAUAUGCUUGCCUUUCUGUCUUAGAGAAAGAUGGUUGUAUUUUAAGUGUUUUUAUUUUAUCAUAUUUAUCACAGCACUGCACGUGAGUUAAUGAUGCUUUUAAAAAUUGUCCUUUAUCUUAGCUGGAGAAAAUGGCGAAACUUUAGACUUCAGCACUUCUCUCCUACUAUUCUGCUUUUCUAUUUUUUCUUGCUGCUAAUUGGAUUAAAAGCUCUUUUGGCUUCUAUGGCAUCCGGUGAGGAGAUUACUGUCUGUGACGAUGAAGUAAGGUCUCGGUACAGCCACCUAGAGAAGAUGACAGAUUUGGUGGCUGUUUGGGAAGUAGCUUUAAGUGAUGGUGUUCAUAAGAUUGAAUUUGAACAUGGGACCACUUCAGGAAAGCGUGUUGUCUAUGUUGAUGGAAAGGAAGAAAUAAGAAGAGAAUGGAUGUUUAAAUUAGUGGGUAAAGAAACAUUCACUGUUGGAGCUACUAAAACUAAAGCUGCUAUUAACAUUGAUGCAGUCAGUGGCUUUGCAUAUGAAUAUACUUUGGAGAUCAAUGGAAAGAGUCUCAAGCAGUAUAUAGAGAACAGGUUAAAAACAACCAAUACUUGGAUAUUGAACUUGGGUGGUACAGACUAUAGAAUUGUUCUAGAAAAAGACACUAUGGAUGUGUGGUGCAACGGUCAAAAAAUGGAAACAGCGGGUGAAUUUGUGGAAGAUGGGACUGAAACUCACUUCACUGUUGCUGAUCAUAGCUGUUGCAUUAAGGCUGUCAGUAGUGGGAAGCGAAAGGAAGGAAUUAUUCAUACCCUUAUUGUGGACAACAGAGAAAUCCCAGAGGCUGUGGAAUAGCCUCUGAUUAACUGAUUAUGGCAGGACUAAGAUCAGGAAUUUUCAAUUACUGUGGUAAUUAUUUUAAUAUGUACUACUUGGUACAUCUAGUUUGUGCUGGGUUUAUUUUCUAGUUUCUGUACACAAACUUACUCUUUUUGAGGACCAGAUGAAAAUAAUUAUGUACAAUCUUUACAAUUGUGUACAAACAUUACCAGUUUUUUAAAAAAUAUAUAUAUAUAUAAAAUAUAUAGCAUAUCACUAUGUGUGGAGAACACUGGUGAAAUAGAAAUGAUACCAGGAAUUAUACUGGUGAUAUAGAAAUUGUACCAGGAAUAUAGAAAUUAUAUCAGGAAAAAUCAAGCUGUAAUAAAAUGAAAGAGAAAUAUUCAGUAACACUGAAUCAAUCCUUUACUGCAGGAUACUGUAUGUGGAGGGAAGAGAAAGCCUGUACUGGGCACAAAAGUAAGAUGUUAAAAGCUUUCUCUAGAAUUAUUUUUUCUAUUAAACUGACUACAGACCUUUUCACAUACAGUUAAGGGGAAUUACAUAGUUAAUAAAAAGGUUAAUUAAUGAAAGAUUAAAUUAUGAAAUACAUAGUUACCAAUACUUGUGUUACAGUAUUAAAUUAAUACUGAGUUAUGAAAACUGUUACUCUAUUCUCACUAGGAGCAAGAUGUUACAUUGUGCCAAAAUUAACAUUCCUUUUGGUGUUCCAAAAAUUGAUGCUGUAGUUCAGAAACUCAUUACUGAGUUUUUUCAAAAAAGAAAAUAGAAGAAAAAUAAAUUCCUGCCAUGAAGCCCCUUUAAAAAUAUCUCCGGAAGCACGCUGACAUAAGAACUUACCUUUGUUCAGUGAUAACAAAUCUUAAAUCUACAGCUAUCUUUUUUUAUGGCUGUAAUGUGUGAGUCAAUAAAUAUGAGGAACAAGGGAACAGAAAUGGAAAACAAUUGGUUACUUUAAUGGAAUAGUUAAAAUAGGAGUAGACUAAUUCUGUUUUCAGAAUUGCAGCAUAAUUUCUAAGAGCAAGUUUUGGACUUCUUGAGAGCAAAACUCUCGUGCUAGAGACUCGCACUACAAAACUAUCUUUGCAACAGCAAGCAUAGCUAAUCUUAAAAAUAAUUUUUAAAAAUCUCAAAAUAUGAAUAUAUUAACCUAAAAGUUUAUUUUGUAAUGUUUAAAAAUAUUUCCACUUGUAAUCUCAGAAUUCAGAAUUAAACUUUUAUAACUUAAUUUCUUUUGGACUUGUGAAUUGUUCCUAGCACAACUACUAGCUCAGGAGUUGCAGGUGCAGUACAAGCAUCCUGGGUACAUUAACAAAUUAUUUUGAAAAGUUUUAUUAAUGCUAAUUUCAUUUAUGUUUUAGAGAUCAGACUGCUCCUCAUCAGCAGGCUUUACUAGAGGAAGUUUCCAGGUACCCAAAUGCUGGACUGAAUCCACUUUUACAAUGGAAUUACUGUAACAGCUCUUGACCUUUUCUGUGUAUUUGCUUCAGGUCACUGCAGAAGCAAUGUGGGGAUUCCCAGCUACAAGGCUGACAAUGUAAUCUUCAAAAGAUGUUGGUAAAGGUAGAUUAAUUGAAAAAUAAUUUCAAGCUGUAGCCUGAACCAGUUCUCUACUAUUUUGUAACCUUUCAAAUAGAUUGAAUGCUGCUGAGAAAUCUGAAGUUCAUGUACAGUACAAAUCAUGUUCUUAAGACUACAAACAAAUACAAGUUAACAGAUAGUGACAUUUAUACUUUUUAUUUUGAAUAUGUGCAUCUACAGUGCUUGAAGUAACUAAUAAAAACUGUAUAGCAACCAUUGUAAGAAA